CUUCCACUCACUUACUGAGCCCUGUAAGCGGCGAGUCCGGAGGUGUAGAAUCUCGACGGUGUUUCCCACAGUCCCUUCAUCGUGGAUUGUGAGUGGCACGGUUGUCCGUAAGUCGAAAUUUCAAAUUCCCCGUUCCUCUCGUUGCGUCGGGGCGCUCACGUGCACAGGCACAUACACAGGGAGAAAGAGGGCCUCGGUUCGUCUAUCUAUCGGUCCGCCGGCGUUUGAACGAAUCGGACACCGCGCUGCGGCGCUGCCGGACGGAGCGUGCGCCGACGCCAUUGCGUGGCAAGCGAGCGAGCGAGCGGCGCGAGAGGCGAGGCGAGGCGAGAACAGCCGAAAUGGAGGAGAGCCAAACAUCGGAAAGUGUCGCCGUGCUACCGGACAUGUCCGAACCGUUGACGAGCGAGACCGAGGAGGCGGCCGCGCUAACGAGCGAGCACGAGGCGCAUCCCGUCGCGGUCACGGCGAGCGUCACUACGGUACCGGGCGUUCCUGGUGUUCCCGGGGUCGGUGUGCCGGUUUCCCUGCCUGUGGGCUCCAUCAUCGGCGUAGCUAACUCUACCAAUGGCACGACCUUCAACGUCAUCACGCCGGAGCAGCUGCAACUGCACUCGGGGCCAGGGCAGCUCCGGCAGAUGCUGUGCGUCGACAACGGCUUCAUCUGUGAGCCGCGUGGUGACAAGGACACGGAUCCCCUGCGUUGGAACGGUGAGCUGAAGGCUACUCAUAUAGUGAUUCAAAACAGCACGGAUGAAACAGAAUCGGAACAAAUCCACGUGUCCACACCUAGCUCCCAGCAGAUAUACAGCUGGUCCGAAUCAGCUAACUUAGCGAUACUGCCCGUCAGAUGUAAAAACACAAAUGCUGAACUGCACAAAAGCAGAUUUGGAUCUGGCGGCAGGGGACGUUGUAUUAAGCUUGGUACAGAUUGGUACACACCCAGUGAAUUCGAGGCCCUCUGUGGGAGAGCAUCUAGCAAAGACUGGAAGCGAAGUAUUCGGUUCGGUGGCAGGAGCCUGCAAACUCUUAUCGACGAACAGAUCUUGAAACCCCACGCCACUUCCUGUACCUGCGCUGCCUGUUGCGACGAUGACAAUGCAACAGGUCCAGUGCGUUUGUUCACCCCGUACAAACGUCGGAGAAGGAGGGACACGUCCGACGGAGAGGGCGCUCCCUUGCGCAAGCACAAGCAGGAAAACUCGCGGGAUGGUAGCAAUAAUGACGAGAGCGACAAUGAAGUCGUCGUGCCUGACAAGGAGGUCUGGCCGCAGUUCGUUUCAACGGACGGCGGAUUGGUUGUGCAGCAGCCCCAGGAGCAGGACCCUAUUGUGCAGAACGUGCAUCAGAUCGAGAACGGGCAGGGCGACGAUAUGUUCAAGAAAUUUGACGAUUUGUCGGCCAAGAUGUUGAAGCUGGCUUAUGACUUUAGACGUGCUUUGGAUGAAGUGAAGGAGUUGUACAGGCAACAGAGGAGGGAGCAGGCACUGGUCGCGCAACUCGGAGGACGGACGGACGUUAUCGAGACCGUAGGACUGCAACCGGCGCCUGAUACGCAUAACAAGAAGUGUGCCAACUGCAAUCGAGAGGCGCAAGCGGAAUGUUCCCUGUGUAGACGCACACCGUACUGUUCUACGUUCUGCCAACGUAAAGAUUGGGCGAGCCAUCAGGUGGAAUGUGUUAGGGGCGCGGCCGAGACUGUAAUGCUUAUAGUGGAAAGUAGCAGUACAGAUACGAGCGCGCUUCCAACGACCGCGACGGACCAAUAGCUAGUGUUCCUCACGCCAAUUCACCAAAGGAAUCUAAAGGGCGAGAAGUCUGGCGUGAAAACGGAGUUCAAGAAUAAGAAUACUUGAGAAGCGUUCAAGCUACAAGAGUUAAAACGGUGUAUAUAUAUAUAUGUAGGCACAUGCGGUAGAAGAUGUUUUGUACGUACGUUAAGUUAAAUUAUAAAAAGAAGAAGGAGAAGAAAAACACUCACAACUCUGAAAAGUCUGUGAAGAACUUCGCGGUUUUUGGAAACCAUGUCCAGAUUCAACGUAGUUACGUAGUAACGAGACAGUAUGUCUUUUGUACCGGACGGUAUGAAAGUAUGCGCAUUGUAUAUACAUUGUUUUGUAUGAUGUUCGGUUUUAGAUUAACCCUGGGUCGCGUGUGGUCAGUGGCUACCGAUGAUUAGAUUUAGACAGCGGCCUAAAGAUCCAACGACCCGCAUGAACACUUCGUCAGUUACGUUUGUGCGAUCAGCAUGAGACCGAUUUGAUUAAUUCGCCGAUGUUACGCGUGAAAAUAUUUCUAGUAUAACUGCAUAAACGGCAUUUAUAUACUAGAAUAUACCACAGAUUUACGUUGUUCCCAAGAAGAUCUGUAUAUUCCGAUCUUGCUUCAUUUCAAUCCUUUUAUAUCGAGAAUGAUGAAGACAAAUGGUAAGUUAGCCGGACGUGAUUUACAGACGCUUUCCAUCAAGAAUGUUUACGUAAUGUUAUGUUUAUGUUAUAAAUGUUUGUACAUAUAGUAUAACUCCCUCCCCUAGUAAUUGGAACAUUGGAAAUCAUCAAAUCGGUUUUAAGCUCGUCACGUAAAUGUAGAUUACAGUAUUGCUGGAAGUUUUUUUUUUUUUUUAAACGUGUAAUAUCGGUGGUUAUCAACAUUGUAGAUUAUCAAAUACGAUAUCUGUACUGUUGCUAAAACUCCGUUGGGCUGUUGUAUAAAUGUAAUCAUUGACAUUUCCGAAAAUGCGCUGCAACUUAAAAAAGUUUUAAGUCAGUGUAUUUUUAUGUGCUGAUAUAUAUAUAUAUAUAUAAAUAUAUAAAU